AUGCCUCCACUCACACCUGCCCAGCCGGGACCUUCAGCAAGCACCGAAGCCUUUCCGCCCUGUCACAGUGUGAGACCUGCCCUGCAGGACUGGCCUGUCCUCCAGGUACGAAGUGGAGCACCCAGUUCCCCUGCCCAGCAGGCACCUACAGCUCUCAGGCAGGCAACAGCCGGGCGGAAGACUGCCUGCCCUGCCCCCCGGGGGCCUUCUGCCCCAGCGGGGCCCCCAAGCCUGUGCUAUGUCCACGGGGAACCUCCCGCCACAGUCCAGGUGCAAGGCUGGCGGUGGCCUGUGUGCUGUGCCCUGCUGGUCACCACUGCCCUAAGCUGGGCACUGCUACUCCACAGCCAUGUGGUGCUGGCAGCUUCUCAGGUCCCGGCCAUCUCUGGUGCCAGAAGUGCCCAGGAGGAAAACUCUGCAACCAGACAAAGCUGGCUGGCCCCAUGGCAUGUCCCCCCGGGCACUACUGCCCAGCCCGGGGCCUACUGUCCAUCCCCUGCCCCAUGGGCACUUUUCGAGACACCUCUGGGGCUGCCCGUGUGGAAGACUGCCAGCUGUGCCGCCCUGGGAGUUUCUGUGGCAGAGAAGGCCUGGCUGAGCCCCAGGGGCAGUGCCGUGCUGGACAUCACUGUGGGCCCGGUUCCAAUACCUCCUCCCCCGAGACACUCCCCUUUGGUGACCUCUGCCCCCCUGGCCAUUUUUGCCCAGCUGGCACCGAGGACCCCAGGCAAAGGCCCUGUCCAGUUGGCACCUGGAAUGCAGAGAGAGGGGCACCGGACGUGAGCUGGUGCCUGC